AUGUCUACAGACAAGAAUCCAACCGACACAACUGUGCCGGCCAACGAGCCGCCUGCCGACCAUGUGGCCGACUAUGACGCCGCCGGCGCUGACAGAGACGCCGAUUUGAAUCUCCCAGCUGGAUGGAAGUACAAGCGGGCCCGAAUCUUUGGUAUCAACUUGCCCUGGUAUGCCUCGCCUCAGACUCAACUCGUCAUGGUGUCAUUUGUCUGUUUCCUCUGCCCUGGCAUGUUCAAUGCUCUUGGUGGUAUGGGUGGCGGUGGUAAAACCGAUGCAACACUGGCCGAUAACAUGAACACCGCGCUCUACAGUGCAUUUGCAGUUUUUGGUUUCUUUGGUGGUACCUUUAUCAACAAGCUUGGUGUCAAAUAUACCCUCGCAUUCGGAGGCAUUGGAUACUGUGUCUACGCCGCUAGUUUGCUUGCCUCCGUCCACGCCGACGUAGCUGGCUUCAACCUUUUUGCUGGAGUUUUUCUCGGUAUCUGCGCCGGUCUUCUUUGGACUGCACAAGGUACCAUCAUGAUCUCUUACCCACAUGAGCAUGAAAAGGGCCAUUACUUCGCCUGGUUCUGGGGUAUUUUCAACAUGGGUGCCGUCAUUGGCAGUUUGAUUCCCCUUGGCGAGAACAUUAAUGUAAAGGGCAACAAGACAGUUACUGAUGGCACUUACAUCGGUUUCAUCGUUCUCAUGUUCUGCGGUGCUGUGCUUGCUCUUCUGCUUUGCAACGCUGGUGAUAUUGUUCGAAAGGAUGGCAGCCGUGUUAUUCUCAAGAAAAAUCCUAGCUGGCAGAGUGAGUUGCUUGGUCUCUGGGAAACCCUUCGCUUUGAACCCUUUGUUGUUCUCCUAUUUCCCAUGUUCUUCACCUCCAACUGGUUCUAUGUCUACCAGCAGAACGGCGUAAACGGAGCGCGAUUCUCUACCCGCACUAAGGCAUUAAACGGCCUUCUCUACUAUCUUGCUCAGAUUAUUGCUGCUUGGAUUACCGGUGUCCUUGUCGAUGUCCAAGGUGUGCGCCGAUCCGUUCGGGCCAAGGUCACCUGGGUUGUUCUAUUCGUUUUCACCUUUGCACUGUGGGGCGGCGGUUAUGCCUACCAGAAGGACUACACCCGUGAGUCCGUCAACACGGAAUUGCACCCAGACUACGAGCCUACUGACUGGACUUCACCUGGAUAUGUCGGUCCCAUGUUCUUGUAUAUCUUCUAUGGCUUCUAUGAUGCUGUCUGGCAAGCAUGCAUUUACUGGUACAUGGGUGCUCUCUCCAACUCCGGCCGUCGUCUGGCCAACUAUGUCGGCUUCUACAAGGGUAUUCAGUCCGUUGGUGCUGCUGUCAUGAACAAUUUGGAUGCUCGCAAGCUUUCAUUCAUGAAAGAAUUCAUUAGCAACUGGGUCCUUCUUGGAGCGUCUCUCAUUAUUGCUGCGCCAGCUAUUUUCCUCAAGAUUCCCGACCAUGUUGAUGUUGAGGACGAUCUCAAGGACACAGACGAGACUGUUGAGGAUGUUCUGCCUGCCGGCCACCCCGAAAAAGCGGUUGUUUGA